AUAUAGUGGCAUGUUUAUCAGCUCCUCGACCACAAAGCAAGCUAUACAAAGAUAUUGGAGUGACUUUCGCUACCAAUAAAAAGUGAAGACAACCAUUUGCUGAAGGCUUGCCUUGACACUAACUAUGGACUGUUGGGUAAGUAAAUAAUAUACCCAGAUGCAUUUUCUUUCUCUAAGUAGCCUACAUGGUAUUGAAUAAAUGUACAAUUAGCUUGAGCCAUGUAGCUAACUCCGUGUGUCAAAAAGCAUACGAGCAGUAGGUCUUGCUGACAAAUUAUUUACAUUAUAAUCAGGAUGUUUACAGUGUUGCUGCAACCUAUAGCCAAGUGAAGUGUCUAGAACAGUGGAGUGAGAGAAGUUUGCCUACACAAUCAUGUUGCUUGCCCUGGAGCGCUACAAUGUUGCCAUCGCUCGCGCAUUGUUACGGUGAUUAUAGCACGGAUUAUUGACUUACUAUUUGAAUAACCACCCCGGCAUUUAUAAUUAUUUUGAGGUCGAACCUUUUUCAAGUGUGAGGAUCAUUUUCUUUAGGGUAGUUUUUAUUUUGAAUACAUUCAGAGGGAAUAAUGUGGCAUAACAACAAAUAGAAAUUAAGAAUCUGAUAUGGAAACAUCUAGUAUCAUCAAAGACAUCGAUUUUUAUGCAGACCUCUUCUAGAGGUGUUGAUUCUUGUAAACAACAUUUUGUCUUAUUAACUGCCUCAACAACCAUUCACACUUUUAGGCAUAGCCUUCUAGUUGUAGAUUUGAUUUGAUUUUAUAACCCCCGCAUUUGCAGUAUAAUGCAGGGUGUUAUUACAUUUAUUAGAGUGAAUAGCUGGCCAAAUACAUUCUAGAAAUGGGUUAAAACUAUCAAACAUUUCAGUGUUCUUAUUAUGGAGUAUACCAUCAUUAUCACUCUCGCUUGAUAGGUUUUGACCCACAAAAUCACUGCAGGCAAAUCUCCUUUGCAGUGAUUGAAGGCAAAGACAGGGAGGUUUACACUGUGAUUUCCACACUGAGCCUCAUUUUACUGUACUGCACUGUACUGCACACUGUCUAUCAUUAAACUUCCUGUUUAACACAAACCUACUAUGUGGCUAUACGGUGGAUACAGACAUCAGCAGCCACACAUGUUUGUCUUUGGACAUCAGUACCUUCAACACUUCUUUUGCCAUGGAACUUUGCUUUUUUAUCACUUGCACAGCACUAUAUCAGCUAGGUCAUAGUGAAUGUAGCCUCCAAACCCAGACACUAAAGGCAAGGAAAUUUCACGGAUUUGCUCAGUUUUGUAAAUUCCCAGAAACCACUCUUCAUGAGGUGUGUUGUACUCUACUCUACUGUAUUUUAAACCCCGACUCUAUUACGGUCAUACAGUGAAUCCAGUCGACAUUAAAUGAGAAGAAAAGGAAAUGCUCCAAAACCACUAAAGUGAUUCUGCAUAAUCAAAUGCAUAGUACAAUGUGGAAUGUUAUGCAUGUUACUGCGAAGUCUGGCGAUUAUAAUGGAUAUUUGCUUAAGUAUUGCACACGCUCAGAUGUUGGUAUUUGACAUGAUUAUUUGAAUAUUGUGUAAUUUCCGUAAGAUACAGACCUAAGAAUUCAUAGAAUGUGUUUGCCAAACCAGUGUUGAUACUAAUGUCAUUAAAAUUAUUGGGUGGACCGCAUUAGCGUUUUUUCGGGUCGCCUAAGUCCAAACAGUGUAAAAAAUAAACAAAAAUGAAAUUUAUUUUCGGGAUGGAAAAACGCUUCCAGUGUAAACUUAAACGACUAAAACCAGAUUUUAAAAAAGUAUGUAGAAAAGAUAAUGGAUAUCUAUAUGUUUUUAUAAUAUCAUUUUUGAGAACUAACAAUCACCAAAAUAAAAGCUAGACAGUCAUGGAGAAUAACAAAUUCCAAAAACAAUUUAUUUAGCAGUAUUGAUUUUGUUAUUAUGUUUGAGCAAAGAAACACAGCAUUAGCCAUGACAACAUGCAUUGAAUUGCAGGAAAUUGGUGUAGAAAUGCACAAAAAAAAAUCUCUACACCACCAACAUUGGGGCCUCUAAAAAUAUCAUCUAAGUUCAGCCACGCUUACGGGCUAACCGCAGCCAUUGCCACGCCCACCACCUAAGCCUCUUUUUGAGCCAGAACAAACUCUGAGUGUGUGUGUUAUAACACUGUUUUCCCCUUGAUGUCUUCCAUAACAGUAGCCUCCUCCUCACACCCAGUACAUUUCCAGGAUAAAUAUGACCUCCCCUUGGAGACAACAAAGGUCUCCUUACACAAUACUGCUGGCCUGGGAAACCAGGGGCAUGGGCGUCUACACAACAGGGAUAACAAAAUAGGCCGCUACAGCUUUCCUAAUACAAAGACGGCCGCAACAAAUGUUUUGUAACAGGGAAAGUAGAUUAUUUGACAAAUGUCAGAAGGAAAUGUGUUGGAUAACUUGGAGUAUGUACACUGAGUGUACAAAACAUUAGGAACACCUUCCUAAUAUUGAGUUGCACUGCCUUUUGCCCUCAGAACAGCCUCAAUUCGUCGGGGCAUGGACUCUACACGGUGUCAAGCGUUCCACAGGGAUGCUGGCCCAUGUUGACUCCAAUGCUUCCCACAGUUGUGUCGAGUUGACUGGAUGUCCUGUGGGUGGUGGACCAUUCUUGAUACACAUCGGAAACUGUUGAGCAUGAAAAACCCAGCAGCGUUGCAGUUCUUGACACACAAACCGGUGCGCCUGGCACCUACUACCAUACCCCGUUCAAAGGCACUUAAAUAUUUUGUCUUGCCCAUUCACCCUCUCUAAAUGGCACACCAUACACAAUCAAUGUCUCAAUUGUCUCAAUGCUUAGAAAUCGUUCUUUAACCUGUCUCCUCCCCUUCAUUUACACCGAUAGAAGUGGAUUUAACAAGUGACAUCAAUCAGGGAUCAUAGCUUUCACCUGGAUUCACCUUGUCAGUCUAUGUAAAGAAAAGAGCAGGUUUUCCUAAUGUUUUGUACACUCAGUAUUUGUGGCGAAGGGUUCAUGUACCUGUUGCAUCAGGACUUGCCUUUUGCCCUGACGCAAGAUGACAAAAUGAAAUCUCCAGUUUAUGGAAGAUGAAAACUGAGAUUUGGCACUGGACGCUCAGCUCUGCUGUCUGUGCUACAGAAGCACUGAACUCAAAGGGUACUACAGCUUUUGCAUACAUAUUUCAGAGACCUGAGUCCUGACAAAAUGUUUAUUACACCAUUUAAGAUGGGCAGUGAAGCCUAAUCUUAUGAUAAAUCAUUCAGAUUAGCUGCCCAUCUGAAACCUGGCCGCUGCUGGUCACAUGGUAUGGUUCUUUCGUUGCUCCCGACUCUGCUCUACUUGGCAAACCUGUCGGAGAGCAUGUAACACAGACAAGUAGACCUAACAACUGUCGUCAGGGGGUGUAUUCUUGUCAUUGAAUGGCAAAGCUUCCAUUCAGGUUCAUUCAUUGUAGAAUUUGGGUUUGUCAUUACGCAAAGACACAAAGGCUCCAUCUGUAAACUGUCAGUACUCUUUAUUACGUGAACCUUUUGUUUAUGUCAUACGGUUGGUAUUUAGUUUGCUGUGACUUUACUAGACCUGGAAUGAUGUGAAUCCACUUAAGCAAUUAGUCAUUCAGUCAGUUGAAGCCUAGCCUACAUUUCAAACAAAGUGACUCAGUGUUUACAUUGCAUGGGCUCCCGAGUGGCGCAGCGGUCUAAGGAACUGUAUUUCAGUGCUUGAGGCGUCACUACAGACCCCCUGUGUCACAACCGGACGUGAUUGGGAGUCCCAUAGGGCGGCGCACAAUUGGCCCAGUGUCGUCCGGGUUUGGCCGGUGUAGGCCGUUAUUGUAAAUAAGAAUUUGUUCUUAACUGACUUGCCUAGUUAAAUAAAGGUUAAAUAAAUAAAUACAAUAAAAAUUACAUUGCAAACAAAUACUCUGCGUUUAGAAUGGUUAGUGUGCAUAAUGUCAUGGGAAUGCAUCACCAGUACCUUAUAUUUCCCCCCCAAAGCAUUAUGUGAUGUUAGUUUCAGUGGUUAUGAAUAGUGGUUAUACAAGUUACUGUCCUGUGGACCUUAAGCUUUUCUCUAUCUGAUUACAGUGAACCUUUAUGGAAACAAUCUUUAUUGUUAUCAAGCAGACAAGCAUAAUGUUGUAAAAACCAGUAAUCUAGAGAUGAUAGUGAAGAGAGAAUAGAUAUGCUCAUUUUUACUGCAUUUAUGAAAUUAAUGACAUUAAGCCUAUUUCAGGUUUAAAAAUAGGUUUAAUUUGUCAAAUGCAAAUAUGAUAUGAGCAGUUGGUACUUACUGUACUUUUUAUUUGGAAUACAUUAGUGACACUUCAAUCAGUGUUCACAGAUUGAGCUUUUGAGUCUCCUGAGUGGCGCAGUGGUCUAAGGCACUGCAUCGCAGUGCUAACUGUGCCACUAGAGAUCCUGGUUCGUAUCCAGGCUCUGUCGCAGCCGGCCGCGACCGGGAGACUCAUGGGCGGCGCACAAUUGGCCCAGCGUCGUCCAGGGUAGGGGAGGGAAUGGCCGGCAGGGAUGUAGCUCAGUUGAGGGUUGUGGGUUUGAUUCCCACAGGGGGCCAGUAUAAAAAAAUAUAUGUAUUCACUAACUGUAAGUCGCUCUGGAUAAGAGCGUCUGCUAAAUGACUAAAAUGUAAAUGUAAAUAAUGAACUUGUGCAGUAGCAUGUUAUUGCACUUCCUCUGUACUGUAAUUUGUUUGGAGAGGAACGGUUUCUCCUCUCCAUUGGCUACAGAUGUUAUGUCUAAAGGGUGAUAGGGGCAGAGUCUAGUCAUUCCUCCACCUCACCUGGUCCUGGUUCAGGAAUAUUAUCUACCUGUCAGUUCUAGUCACGUUCUCUCUCUCUGACCAAAUUUCACAACUGCAAUUGUGCUGUGUUUCUACAGAGCAAUUGAAAUCUAAACAUAGCAUGAUGACAGUCUUCUGGUGUAAAUACUCAUCAUAAGUAGACUUGUUAUUACCUGUUGGACAUUGUAUUCCCACUUUCACAAAGAUUUAGUUGACGGAUUGUGUGCGGUGUGUGGAACUGUAUAUGAUGGAAAGUGUGAUGAACAUGUCAAUUGAUUACGAGGUAGGCUAAUUGCAUUGUAACUUGUGUGUUUUGACUUUUUUCCAUUUCAAUUUUGUGCAUGGGAUGUGAAGCUGCUAUUGGGCCCAUGAUUACUCAUGUGAAUAAUUGACCAUGAUGUGCGGAGACAGUCAGUGUCUCUGAUGUCCAUGUUGGGACAUGUUUCUGUCUAGUACUGUUGUGAUCAUAUAACCUCUUUUUUUAAGGGGAAAAUAUUCAACCCAAAGCAAGACACUGUAGGAUGAAAGCUUUACUUUGAUAUGAUCUUUAAAACAAAGUGUAUGUUUAGUCAUGACCAUUUUAUUUCUUAUUCUCAGCAGUUUUAUCUAUAUGCAUGUAGUCCUCAGAAUCCUCCAGGAAAUCCUGACACGUUGCAUAGCAGUACAGAUGGAUCUACAAUUGUUAUACCAUUGUUCAUUUGCAAUGUAAUCCCUCUAUGUUCCUAGAGUGCCUUGGAGGUGUACAAGGAGAUGCUGUUGCUCUACCUGGACGAAGGCAGGCAGCUUGUGAACACCAACUGUGAGGAGCUGGAACCAUGGCAGAUCAUUGGAGCCACUCUCAUCUCGACCUUAGGAGCAGUCUGGGUCAAAGGCUUCCUGUUUCAGCAAGAAAGUACGUUUUCAGAUUCAGUAAUAAGGCAUGUCUUUAUUCUAUGCAUGGAUAAAAAGUGAUGAGUGGGUGUUCUUUGUGUUCUACAUUAUGGGAAGUGGUUUUUGGUUUAAUCAGACAUGCUGCUUCAUGAUUCUUUACCAGUCUGAGUAAGUGUGCACUUAUUCACUUCCCCUCAUGGAUUUAAAUGCCCGGUGUAAUAAUAUGGUAUAAACUCUCUCUAGCUCAUGCUUACGUCAAUCCAAUGCUUGUAAAUGUGUUGGGUGAGGUGCUCAAGUGUAGACUGGUAGAGACUUGGCGAAUUGGGAUGCAGGGAAGGUGUCAGCAUUAAAACACAAGUAUGGCAGGGAUUGACAUUAAGGUCUGAACGGCACAGUCAGGAGUAUUUUGGGGUUGACUGAAGAUUAUGGCUACUUGCUUGAAGUAGCUAUUUUUGCCUACACACAGGGGAGGAACCAGAAAGACCAGACUAUGGGAAUUCUUUGCCUUUUAGUUGUUAUCAGUAAAAGUAAAAAAAAAAUCACCUGCCCAAUGGGGCAACCUCAGAGCAGGCUCAACUUGCACGACUGCUCAGAUCACUUGCCCUGGGCAAUAGGGCAACCCUUAAUGUCAAUCCCUGUAUGGCCUUGAAUACUUCUUACUGAUACCAUUGUGAGCAAAGAUCAGAUGACAUAACAAUCUCUGUGAUCAGUUAAAGCACUUUAUGGAGAGUGGUUUUUGGUUUAAUCAGACGUGUCCUGCCCAGCAAUUUUAAAUCUGUUUGAACUUGAAGUUGCUAUUUUUCUUCUUGCUCCACACUUUAGUUAGGCUCUCUUUGUGCAGUACAUGUGUUUUACAGCGGUUUUACAGCUAUUACAAGUGACCUAGCCAUGUCAUACAUGUUAGUGUUCCCACUGAUGUUUUGUGUGUUUUCUAGAAUUCCACAGAUGAGUGAUAUUCAUAUUCCAAAUCAGUGGAAAUUACGAUUCGUUUUUUUGUUGUUGAUGGCAUUAACUGGCUGUACACAUCAUCUCAUUUGGCAGGAAUGUUGGCAGGAAACUGUGUUCCAGUAUUAGCUUGUGGGCCAGCUGUUGGCCUUUUUGAUUUGUCUGUCAUCUCCAAUCAGCUGUUUUAUUCAUCAAAAUGUCCCCAUUUGAAUUCAGCUUGUGGUUUUCUCCCGUGCUCAUCUACCAUUCUUUCAACACAAUCGUCUCUUUCUUUGUUGCUUAAUAGCCCUGACAUCCCGAAUCAAGAAGCAGUGCUUCCGGCUCGUCAGAAAAAUACCUUUUGUUGGCGCGGCAGUAAGUUUCAAGCAGUAUUUUGUUCCUCUAUUCUACAGAUGUGGUCUUUCUUGUCUAGUGUGGUAUGAGUCACUCACUGAUGACUGAGUGUCGGCAUGAGGGCGAGGGAGGAGGGGGAUGAGACCUUUGACACAGUUUACAUCAUGGACUUGUGAUAAUGCUGGGUUACUGUUGGUCAUUACUGUCUAACCUAACGGAAUGACUAAACUGUAUUUGGAUUGAACUGAAGAGUGUGAAUAGGCAACACUUUAAUCAGAUGGGUAUACACAUUUACAUAACUGAUUUUGCAUAGCUUAUUUUAAAUGCUCUCUAGCCACAAAUAUUUGUCUAGCCCAGAUCUUCCUGGUUUGCAAUCACCCAGUGUUGUAGUACUCGAGACCUGUCUCGAGACCACAUUUUGAGUGUCUCGGUCUUUUCUCGGUGUCGGAUACAUUUGUACUCGGUCUUGACUCUGUCUAGGACAGUGAGGACAAUUUCUUCCCAAGACCAGCGGAGUAAAAAACUCAUAAUUAUCAGCUUCCAUUCAGUUAUCGCAUAAAACCGCUUCGCCAGGUAAAAUACUGUAUAUUACUCCUUUCUUGAAACAUUAAUACUUGCAGUCUUUAAAUCUAUUAGAGACAUGUUUGCUCAGUGGUGAACCUAUUGGACCUAGGCCUUCAGUGUGUGACAUGUUCGUGAUGCUGAAAGGACAGCAAUGUUAAUACCAGCACACUCAUGAAGGAGAGUGCACUUUUUGUAAAACACAAAGGGCCAGUGGCGUAGUGGAGGCUAUACGCAGAUAUACGCCGUAUACACACUUUUUUUAUGGGCAUUGCGUAUACUCACUACUUAAUCCCUACUGAUGCGUAUCAAAGUAGUGUAGUGGAGGUAUACGACUUAUCAAUUAUGUAGUAUAAUAGAAAAAUCAUGCACAAAGUAGCCUACACACUCGCAAAGCACGUGAUAUACACUACCGUUCAAAAGUUUGGGGUCACUUAGAAAUGUCCUUGUUUUCGAAAGAAAAGCCAUUUUUUUUGUCAAUUUUAAAAUAACAUCAAAUUUAUCAGAAAUACAGUGUAGACAUAGUUAAUGUUGUAAAUGGCUAUUGUAGUUGGAAACGGCUGAUUUUUAAUGGGAUAUCUACAUAGGCGUACAGAGGCCCAUUAUCAGAAACCAUCAGUCCUGUGUUCCAAUGGCACAUUGUGUCAACAGUGAAGAGGCGACUCCAGGAUGCUGACCUUCUAGGCAGAGUUGCAAAGAAAAAGACAAAUCUCAGACUGGCCAAUAAAAAGAAAAAAUUAAGAUGGGCAAUAGAACACAGACACUGGACAGAGGAAUAUUGGGAAAAAAAAGUGUUAUGGACAGAAGAAUCGAAGUUUGAGAUGUUCGGAUCACAAAGAAGAACAUUUGUGAGAUGCAGACCAAAUGAAAAGAUGCUGGAGGAGUGCCUAAUGCCAUCUGUCAAGCAUGGUGGAGGCAAUGUGAUGGUCUGGGGGUGCUUUGGUGGUGGUAAAGUGGGAGAUUUGUACAGGGUAAAAGGGAUCUUGAAGAAGGAAGGCUAUCACUCCAUUUUGCAACGCCAUGCCAUUCCCUGUGGCGGCGCUUGAUUGGAGCCAAUUUCCUCCUACAGCAGGACAAUGACCCAAAGCACAGCUCCAAACUAUGCAAGAACUAUUUAGGGAAGAAGCAGUCGGCUGUUAUUCUGUCUAUAAUGGAGUGGCCAGCACAGUCACCGGAUCUCAACCCUAAUUGAGUAAGAAGUGCCCAUCAAGCCAAUCCAACUUGUGGGAGGUGCUUCAGGAAGCAUGGGGUGAAAUCUCUUCAGAUUACCUCAACAAAUUGACAACUAGAAUGCCAAAGGUCUGCAAGGCUGUAAUUGCUGCAAAUGGAGGAUUCUUUGACGAAAGCAAAGUUUGAAGGACACAAUUAUUUCAAUUAAAAAUCAUUAUUUCUAACCUUGUCAAUGACUACAUUUCCUAUUCAUUUUGCUAUAUUUCCUAUUCAAACUAGUUUCAUGUAUGUUUUCAUGGAAAACAAGGUCAUUUCUAAGUGACCCCAAGCUUUUGAACGGUAGUGUAAAUUCACGUGCCGCACACACAGCCUAGUUUCAGCAGAAUAUCAUCUGCAGGCAGAAAGAGCUCACAGCUCACAACUGGUUUUGGCAUGGAGCAGCACACAGAAGAAUGACAUUGGUAGCCGGUAGGGUAGGUAGGAAAGACGUUUCAAUUUAUGAUAUCUACCAGUAAAUGCUAACUAAGGCAACAAUGGGUAUGCAAACCAAGUCUUGGUUAGUAGGCUAUUUGUGUUGCGCAAUUCAGUCAUCAUGCCCUGUUUGCAUCAGGGGUGGACUUAGAACAUCACAUAAAAAAGUGUGAUUUUGAGAGUGCAAAUCUGAAAACAAUAUAGGAAAACUAAUUUGUAAGAAAACAUAGGAUUUUUCACACAGGGUGCCUUUCCUUCGCUGGGCAGGCCGUUUGGGAUUUCUUUAGCAAAAUUAGAGUAUACCCACUUCGCCAGACACCACUGCAUAGGGCCGAUGGAAAGACAGCACUCACACACAGCAUGAUGUUAAAGGAUAAGCAGUCAAUUCACUCGGCUAUAAUAAGCCAAUAGGUCCCAAUCAUAAGAAUACAAAAACACAACCAUUAAGCAUUUCCUAAUCUAAAUGUAGAAGUAUUACUUCCCAUUGCAAAAAACAUUUCACGUUUAGCACAAAAAGUAACUGGUGACCUAAAGUUUAAAUGCAACAAUGUUUCACACAAGUUAUUUUCAAAGAGAUGGCUAACUUGGGCUCCCGAGUGGCGCAGCUGUCUAAGGCACUGCAUCUCCGUGCUAGAGGCGUCGCUACAGACUCUGGUUCGAUUCCAGGCUGUAUCACAAUCCAGCCAUGAUUGGGAGUCCCAUAGGGCGGUGCACAAUUGGCCCAGCGUCGUCCAGGUUUGGCCAGGGUAGGCCGUCAUUGUAAAUAAGAAUUUCAACAGCAAGCGAGCUCCAAUAACAAAUCCUGAUUGGAUAUUUAUUUCGCUUCAGUGUUAACCCUUUCCUUUCCAACAAAAACUGAAGAGAUUAAAUCAGAACACAAUUGAAAAGAAUAAUGUAAUUAGAAUUAUUAUUAUUAUUAUUUAUUUACUUCUGAAAUAUGAACACAGAAAUACUGGACUUUUUGGACACUUGUUAUGGUAGUGAUUUGACAAAAUUACAAUCAUGGUCUUGAAUUGAACUCGCAUUUUUCUGGUCUCGGUCUUGACCUGCUCUCGGACCCCUUGUUCCCCUCCCUGUCUCAGUCUUGACUCGGACUCGAUUUACUCCGAUCUUGGUCUUGAAUUGGUCUCGCUUUAGGUGGUCUCGAACAAAACACUGCUAUCACCUAUACUUUCACAAAAACAACUAGCCAGUUUUGAUUGCUUUCAUUGAUUUUCAAUAUUUUCAAGAACACUUUUAGAUAAGUUGUCAAUGCCCGAGUGUUAUAGCCUAAACAUUCUCAAUGCCAUAAUGGGUCACUGCUUCUAGGAAAUGGUUUGUUGUCUGAGCAGUGAUGUGUGUAAUGUGACUGACUCAGUGUCUCUUUGUGACAGAUCCAGACCCAGCUGAACAAGGCCCUGGAUGACAUGUCUGUCAGUCUUUGCACACUGAAGGAGGGUAUGAGCUACAUCAAACAGCUGCCUGAACAAGGGCUAACCCAAGUUGAAGUUCUAGACAGGAUCAGCGAGUACGAAACACUGAGUAAGUGGCUGAGAGUUGUCCCAGGGCGUGUUUUGGAGUGUGUUUUCUAUGUUGUUUCUGGGGCCGAUGAGCUACAGUGCCCUACUGCCCUAAUAUAUGUUGUAUUGGCUAGACUCUAGAAAAUGAAACAUUAGCUAAGUUUCCAUCCAAUUGGCGACAGAUUUUCAUGCGAAUAUUCUAAAAUCUGUAUGUUAAAAAAUGAGCAUUUUCCCACCAGAGAUGUUUCCCUCAAAUUGACUUGUUGCAGAUAAAAGGCUGUGCGUGAUGACGUAGCGCACUUAAAAAUACCUUUGCGAUUAUAUUCCCAUGUACUGAAAAAAGGAAAGGAAAAUGGGUUUCCAUUGCAUUUUCAACUCUACUGAUGGUUUUCUCACACAGAUUUUAGCUUUAUAUAGCGAGUGUGCCCUAUAGUCUACAUGUUCACAUUAUUAUGGACAAAAGAGCAAGAUUAUUUGUAUUUGUCAAACAUUAGCCAAGCAUUGACGAUCAUGUCACCAGAAUAAGACCCUGGAUAUUUAUUGGAAAGGAGCGUCAAGCUCAUCACCUUGCACUUUCAUCACCCUGUGAAGUUCAUCAUAACUUAUUUAAUCUGUAGCCUAAUAAACUGCAUGCUUUCCCAACGAGUGGUAGUGGGAGGACCACACAACAUGUCAUAGCAUGACUCCACAUUUCUAUAUGACGGUUAUUAUAUCAAUAUUUGCGCAUAAAAGCGUUUUCACUGACAUUUCUCGCAUUAUUAAUUUUACAGACACAAAAAGAUCCCCCCUUGUCUAUAGCGUAUUUUGUUUUGUCUACAUUUUUCAGGCCUGUCAUGAAGUUUUUUAUCGGACAUGUACUUUACUCACAUAAAGAGGUUGGAUGGAAACCUGGUUAAUUAAUAAGUUGCUUUGGUUCUAGACCGCUUUGUUCUUCUUCUGUGGAGCCAUAAUACAAUUGAAUGACAUAAUAAUUAUGGCUUAUUAUGGAGCCAAUGACCUACAGUGCCUUUUUGUAUUGACUACUUUUAUCCUAGAAUAUGUGAAAAAAAAAUGUUUAAGUGUGCCUGCUACACAGGGUGUUUUAGCAUUGUUUUUAUUUGUAGUGAAAGCUGAUGUGGAGUUACAGUAUAUAGUUGUUUCCUGAGGCAUUGCUGUUGUCUGCUCUUCAUAGAUGAAGUGGAUUGGGAGAAAGGACGAGUGUCAGGUGCAGUAUACUGGGGAGAUCAGACACUUACCAAACUUUUGGUGAAGGUAUGUCUAGUCCACAAACAACCCGUUUUUGGUUUUGUCUUGAAUUCUUUGGAUGAACAGUCAAGUUAAACUUCUGUGUUUAGUAUUCUGAGUCAUACUUUUUCCCGAAAAUGUGGAAUUUAGAACUCAUACUACAGUCAGAAUAUGCCUUGUUUGUAUGACAAAUCCCAUAGCUUACAGAUUCUCUUUGAUAUUCUUCCUUUUGUCGCUAGGUGUAUGGAGACUUUGCAUGGAGCAACCCACUUCACCCAGACAUCUUUCCUGGUGUGAGGAAGAUGGAGGCAGAGGUUGUGAGAAUGACGUGUACCCUCUUCAACGGUGGGCCCAACACAUGUGGCACAGUGAGUUUACCUUCAGUACUCCCACAAGACUCACUGACCCAGGGCUUGGGAAAUGUUCUACUUGAGGGAAUAACCAAAACCUAUGCACUGGCACAUUCUGAACACUGAUUGUUCCUGUUGUUUCUGCUUUGUUCAGGUCACCUCAGGAGGAACUGAAAGCAUAUUGAUGGCAUGCAAGGCGUACAGAGACAUGGCCUAUGAGCGCGGUGUGAAACAUCCUGAAAUGUAAGUUCACUGUCAACAUGUAGCCUCAGAUUAUUUUUCUUUAAACUGGCACACCAGAUGAUCUUAGAACAAGCUUGAUUUGCAUUGUUGAGAUGUUUUCUGUCUCAUAAUGGUAAUAUCACCUGUGAAAGACAUUUUAUACAGUACUGGGAAUAAUUAGUGUUGUAUUUCCUCCCCUAAUUUUGCAGCAUUGCACCAGUCAGUGUCCAUGCAGCCUUUGACAAAGCAGCAAACUACUUUGGAAUGAAGCUUGUUCACAUCCCCCUGGACAAAAAGACAAUGAAAGUGGAUGUUAAGGUGCAAAUAUUUAUUAGUUCCUAUACAAAUGGUUAUUCUAAAGAAUAACUUGACUGGAAAGUCAGUCAGUGCUCAACACACGCUGAAAGGGUCAGAGUAAAUGUAAGUUUGUUGGUGUACAAAUUCCCAAUUGAACUGUAGCCUUGACCCCAGCCUAGUCUAGGUAACAAGAAUAUGGUGUCUGGCACUUCCGUUACUGAUUGGGGAUCACUUCCUCAGUUUGGACUGUUCAAGAUUAAGACAUGACCACAGUAGUUACAAAAAACAUGGUGGCAACAACUAGGGCUGUUGCGGUGACUGUAUUACUGCCACACCGGCGGUCACGAGUCAUGAAGGCAGUCAAAUUCCACAUGACCGUUUAGUCACGGUAAUUAGGCUUCUCCAAGCUCUGAUGCUGCUGAUGGUCAUUAGUAGGUUACCAAACUUGCUAACUGCCUGGUACUCAGCACUCUAUUGUCCCUCUAAUCACUCUGACAUCAAUGCAAAUGUCUUCGAAAAUCUAAUCAAACACUUCAUGAGAGCCCAUGAGCUCAUGUUGCGCAACAUUUCUAUAGGCUAUGCAAUUGCUGGAGAAAAAGUGAUGGCAGCUAAUAGAAAAAGGAGAAUCCCAUCAGCUUUCUAUAGGCUAGGCCUAAUAUAUUUAUUUCUCAACUUUCCUAAUAUUAAGCAUAUUGCUCAUAUUUACAGCAGGAGUAUAGCCUACCUGGCUGGCAUGAAAAUAAACCAUGGGGAAAAGCGUCCUCCAUUCGCUGUUUAUGUGCAUAGAUGACACAUAUUUUUUCCCGCUGCCCGUUUCGAUACAGGUGCAUGAUAAUGGUCCAUUCUAAAUCAAAACAAAUCACACAUAUAUUAUUUAGUGUAUGUAAAGACGAGAUUAAAUCAAGAAUAGUCUGAUGGGUGACAAUAUUAGCCUAUCACUUGUGAAUUAUAUAUUAUCACUUGUGAAUUAUAUAUUAUCACUUGUGAAUGAUGCCUAGCAUAAAAAACAAUGCCUUUUUUUUGCGACUUGUUCGAAUCAUAGUCGCACACCUUAUGUAGCCUAGCCCAUAGGCCUAUAUGUUUUAAUAAGGUUUGUAUCACAACUAAAGUGGCCAAAAAACGUCUUAAAAUUAAGCACAUUAAUCCGCUUUACAAGGGGUAUAGAGCCUAACUUGCAUAUAAAAGCAGCGCUUGAGUUUCAAGUUUGGGGAAGAUCAUUUUCACCAUAAAAAUGCACCUUUAUAAUAAAAGCAUUACAUGCAUAAUUGCAUUUGCGGUCACUUUUGAUAAUGGUGUUUUCCCACUAAUGGAACAUUUGCGCUUAUAGCCUACUACCAUGUGUGCAUUGCUGCGCUUAUAAUGUGAAGAAAUAGCCUAAUAGUUUAUCAACAUUUUAAGCUAAACAGAUCAGAACGUCAAAUUGCUUGUGACCAUUGUGAAUGAGAGACUAUUGGAGUGUGUACAGCCUGCUCAAAAAGCAAAGCAGAGCUCAUGCCUUUCAAGCAACUUUUUUCAAAUCAUUAGUCUCAUCAUGCAGCCUUACAAUGUAUUAAAAAUCAAAACAUAUAGCCCAACGUUUGUAGAACAACUAAAGUUACAUGAAUAACUCCAAAUUAAGCAUAUAGGAGUACCUAUUUCUUUGUUAACCGCUCAACACAGAAUAGCCGCAUGUGCACACUCCCUCAAAUCGUUUGGAGUAAAUAUUUAUAUUUUAUUCAGCUUUGUUCAAUUGUGUUCUUCAUACUAUAAAAUAAUAAAAAUUAAUGCCACGGAAUUAUAAGCAAAUCUUGUCUGCUAAGUGAACUAGUGUAGCCCACAGCCAUUUGGCACAGCCACAUCAGGACCUAACAUAAGGACAACUCAGAGUAUGCUAUUAUUUUCUUCUGAAAUGGAUAAUGGAUUUAUUGUGAAGGUGUAGGCUAUAUUACAUGGAUUUAUUCAACUUUUUAAAAUGGCUUGUAGGCUAUGUGUGGAAGCCAGGAGAUGCUAAAUGUGUUUAUGUUCAUUAACGGUCAAUUACUGUGAGACCGACAGUUAUUUGCUUGACAAUCACCGGUUGACAAAAUUACGUGACCACCACAGCCCUAGCAUCAACUAGAAUUACUGGUUCUUAGUGAGCAUAGAUGAGACUUAUCAUCACCCGAAUCAUUUGUCUUAAAGCAAUAUCGUGACACCUUCAACUCCUUAUAACUCCAACUUGUUUUGUAUAGGCUAUGAGGAGAGCCAUCAGCAAGAACACAGCCAUGCUUGUAUGUUCUGCACCCCAGUUCCCCCAUGGAAUCAUUGAUCCUAUUGAGGAAGUAGGAAAGGUAAAGUGUCUCAUUGUUAUGUACUUCUAAUAGUAAAAGGAAAGUCAUAGUAAGUAAAAACUAAAUAAAGUGGUAUUGCUUAAAGGCCCAGUGCAGUCAGAAAUGUUCCUUUGUUUUAUAUUUAUAUGUUCACACUGAGGUUGGAAUAAUACUGUGAAAUUGUGAAAAUAAUGAUAAUGGCCUUUUAGUGUAGAGGCUGUUUUGAAAAGGCCGCCUGAAAUUUUUGCCUUUUUUGGUGGGAUGGAGUUUUGGCCUUCCAUGGCGACAUCCCCAUAUGGUAAAUUAGUUAAUAGACCAAUAACAAAGAGUUCCAAACCUCUCUGCCAAUAACAGCAAUUUUUCAGUUUUCCCUCCCCACUCAGACCACUCCCAGAUAGUCGUAGCAAAAUUCUUGCUUGAGAAAUUGCUCUUUGCUAGGAAGCAAUUCUUUUUUUAUUUUUGACAAUUUUUCACAAUCACAGUAAGGUACUUAAUGUUACCCAGAAAUGAUUUGAUAUUGAAACAAAAACGGCUGCAUUGAAUCUUUAACUUUAAGUUGCUUGUAUACCUGUGUAGUAACACUGUAAUUACUACAAUAACAUUGUUGUUGCAUAGUACUUUACAUGAAACUACGUAAUCCAUCCCACGUGGUGCUUUUCAGAUGGCUUUAAAGUACAACCUCCCUCUGCAUGUGGAUGCUUGUUUGGGAGGGUUUCUCAUCGUGUUCAUGGCCAAAGCCAAUUACCCACUGGCUCCCUUUGACUUCAGGGUAAAGGGUGUGACCAGCAUAUCUGCAGACACACACAAGGUAAGAGGGUUUUUUAAACAUUUUCUCCCUCUUGAUUUUCGAUCAUAAGAUGCUCAUUGUUCCAUAAACUUGUCGUUUUUUGGUUAUUGUGUUAACCAGUCAACACAAUAACCAGUUAUGGUGUUGACUAAGUAUUGUUUUUUGAUCUACCUCUACUCUCCAGUAUGGCUACGCCCCCAAAGGUUCAUCAGUGAUCCUGUAUAGUGACAAGAAGUACAGGCACUACCAGUACUUUGUGGCUCCGGACUGGCAGGGGGGCAUCUAUGCGUCCCCAUCAGUGGCAGGUUCUCGGCCAGGCGGUAUCAUCGCAGCGUGUUGGGCUACCAUGAUGCACAUGGGAGAGGAUGGCUACAUAAAGGCCACCAAGAAGAUAAUUGACACUGCACGCACCAUCAAUACAGAGUAAGAGACCCAACUUUUACUGUAGUCAUUAUCGGCAGAACCCUGAUUUCCGGCUUUCUCACUUAACAAGACUUGGAUGUAUGGUAAAGCGAGACUAUUAUUACAGUGGGGGAAAAAGUAUUUAGUCAGCCACCAAUAGUGCAAGUUCUCCCACUUAAAAAGAUGAGAGAGGCCUGUAAUUUUCAUCAUAGGUACACGUCAACCAUGACAGACAAAAUGAGGAAAAAAAUUCCAGAAAAUCACAUUGUAUGAUUUUUUAUGAAUUUAUUUGCAAAUUAUGGUAGAAAAUAAGUAUUUGGUCAAUAACAAAAGUUUCUCAAUACUUUGUUAUAUACCCUUUGUUGGCAAUGACACAGGUCAAACGUUUUCUGUAAGUCUUCACAAGGUUUUCACACACUGUUGCUGGUAUUUUGGCCCAUUCCUCCAUGCAGAUCUCCUCUAGAGCAGUGAUGUUUUGGGGCUGUCGCUGGGCAACAUGGACUUUCAACUCCCUCCAAAGAUUUUCUAUGGGGUUGAGAUCUGGAGACUGGCUAGGCCACUCCAGGUCCUUGAAAUGCUUCUUACGAAGCCACUCCUUCGUUGCCCGGGCGGUGUGUUUGGGAUCAUUGUCAUGCUGAAAGACCCAGCCACGUUUCAUCUUCAAUGCCCUUGCUGAUGGAAGGAGGUUUUCACUCAAAAUAUCACGAUACAUGGCCCCAUUCAUUCUUUCCUUUACACGGAUCAGUCGUCCUGGUCCCUUUGCAGAAAAACAGCCCCAAAGCAUGAUGUUUCCACCCCCAUGCUUCACAGUAGGUAUAGUGUUCUUUGGAUGCAACUCAGCAUUCUUUGUCCUCCAAACACGGCAAGUUGAGUUUUUACCAAAAAGUUCUAUUUUGGUUUCAUCUGACCAUAUGACAUUCUCCCAAUCCUCUUCUGGAUCAUCCAAAUGCACUCUAGCAAACUUCAGACGGGCCUGGACAUGUACUGGCUUAAGCAGGGGGACACGUCUGGCACUGCAGGAUUUGAGUCCCUGGCGGCGUAGUGUGUUACUGAUGGUAGGCUUUGUUACUUUGGUCCCAGCUCUCUGCAGGUCAUUCACUAGGUCUCCCCGUGUGGUUCUGGGAUUUUUGCUCACCGUUCUUGUGAUCAUUUUGACCCCAUGGGGUGAGAUCUUGCGUGGAGCUCCAGAUCGAGGGAGAUUAUCAGUGGUCUUGUAUGUCUUCCAUUUCCUAAUAAUUGCUCCCACAGUUGAUUUCUUCAAACCAAGCUGCUUACCUAUUGCAUAUUCAGUCUUCCCAGCCUGGUGCAGGUCUACAAUUUUGUUUCUGGUGUCCUUUGACAGCUCUUUGGUCUUGGCCAUAGUGGAGUUUGGAGUGUGACUGUUUGAGGUUGUGGACAGGUGUCUUUUAUACUGAUAACAAGUUCAAACAGGUGCCAUUAAUACAGGAAACGAGUGGAGGACAGAGGAGCCUCUUAAAGAAGAAGUUACAGGUCUGUGAGAGCCAGAAAUCUUGCUUGUUUGUAGGUGACCAAAUACUUAUUUUCCACCAUAAUUUGCAAAUAAAUUCAUAAAAAAUUAUACGAUGUGAUUUUCUGGAUUUUUUUUUCUCAUUUUGUCUGUCAUAGUUGACGUGUACCUAUGAUGAAAAUUACAGGCCUCUCUCAUCUUUUUAAGUGGGAGAACUUGCACAAUUGGUGGCUGACUAAAUACUCCCCCCCCCCCCCCCACUGUAUAUGUACAAUCAGAAACAUUAUGGUAGUUUUUCUCAAGAUAUUAACAUUUUAGAUUUUAGUAAUUUAGCAGACGCUCUAAUCCAGAGUGAUUUACAGGAGCAAUUAGGGUUAAAUGCUUUGCUCAAGGGCACAUUGACAGAUUUUUCACCUAGUCGGGCAGGGAUUCAAACUAGGGACCUUUCAGUUGCUGGCCCAACGCUCUUAACCGCUAGGCUACCUGCUGCCUGUGUUGAUUCUCUUUUUGUUGGUUCCUAAACCAUCUUUCAACCUAUUUACAACAGGCCCAACAUUUUAUAUUUGACUGUUUCUAAGAGCUCUUGGCAAGCACAUUGUGAUCUCACUAUUUUUGGAUGAGAUAAACAUUUGAUGUGUUUUGUUUUUGUUUAUUUCCUAACAGAAUCCGUAAGAUAAACGGUGUGUUUGUGUUUGGAGACCCUGAAGUAUCCGUGGUGGCAAUAGGCUCUGACGUCUUCGACAUUUUUCGUUUAUCCAACGCACUGACGUCAAAGGGUUGGAAUCUCAACACGCUACAGUAUCCAUCCAGGUAUGUUUUCUCAUCUUUUUCUCAUCUUUGAAAUUCAGGCAUACUUAUCAAUGCUAUUGUAUACAUUUCAUAGAAUAUUGACUAUGCACCUUAUUUUGAAGUAAUACCAGCAAGCAAAGACCCCCAGGCAUGAUAUCACCAUGUUGAUAUUUUUUUUAAAGUACUUUUGUGUUUUUAAACAAAAUUAUAUCUUUCCCAUCACAGCAUCCAUAUCUGUUGUACUGUACUGCACACACAUGAAGGUGUGGCCAAACAGUUAAUCAGUGACGUCAAAGAGCAGGUGGCUCUCAUUUUGAAGAACCCCAAUGAGAAGACCACUGGAAUGGUGAGUGUUAAUGCUGACUCCGUUACCUGGAAUACACUACACAGCAGUGCACCAUAUUAAUCCAUUAAUUUCAUGUCAUAUAAAUUGGCUUCACAUGCAGACAUAUUUGUUUAUAUUUUUAUAUGCAAACACUUUGGAUAAAUGGCUCUACAUUCAUGUGUUCAUGUUCUAGGGAGCAAUCUAUGGCAUGGCCCAGUCCAUCCCUGACAGAUCCAUGGUGACAGAGAUCUCCCGAGGCUUCCUGGACUGCCUCUACAGCACAGAGGAGCCCAAGUCGUCUCAGCCUCAGAAGACCUAUAUGAAUGGCAACAGCAACGGCAAGGCCCACUGAGUCAGGAGUAGGCUGGCUGUGGCCUGGACACAUGCCUAGGUCAUGUUCAUUAGGGAACAUAAUGGUAAGCGUUGUAAAACUUUUUGCAACAGCAAAUGAAAAGGAACAUUUACUGGAGAAGUUCAAGUAGUCCCUCCCUGUUUCAGUAAUUUUUUUUCCGGUUGGUGCCUAAUGAACACGACCCUGGUUACCAGCCUGCCUCACCUCUUGUCCACCCACUACAUCACUCAACAUAUCCUGCCCACCUUUUAUCUAUCUACUCACCUUUUUUCAGAUAUGUUCUGAAGCACAAGCCAUUGUUUUUAGCUAUC